AAGUUGUUUGCAUAAUACGCGUCAUUUUGUGACUUGCGAUGUUUAUUAAUCGAGUAUAUCGAAUGGUUUGCAAAGUGUUGUUAGACAGCUAAGUGGCAUGCUGGGCUCAACCGGUGCUGCAAAAUACUCAAAUACAUUGUUAAAAUUCGCCAGAAAUUCGCAAGCCAGCGAAAAUUUAGUAAUAACAAGGUAAACAAGCGAACCGCGCGCUUUGCGUUAACAACAAAUAAGAUGUAUAUAUGAGAAACAAAACGCCGCACGCAGACACUUGUCCACCACCAUUAACCAAUACAAAUACCACGCCACACCGCAUCAGCAAUGGGACUCGACUUUGAUGUCGUGGAGUACUGCAAAGGUGUGAAAUCAAAACAGUCCCAACCGCCGUUCGCGUGCCCGGUGCGCGACUGCGAUCGCAGCUAUAAAACGCUGGUAGGCCUCCAGGGCCACCUGACCAACUACGAUCAUGACAAUCCGCAGCCACUGACACCCAUACUCAAGCCGAAUCGAAAAAAGGCGCGCUCGUCCCGCGCCCUCCACUCCACGCCCAAAGACAAUGGCAGCGGUGUUGGUGGCGCUGGUGGCGGCACCGGUGGUAUUUCCGAGAGUGAAAAUGGCUGCGGCACGGGCAGAAGUACCACAAAUCCUGAAUCGCUGGUCGCCUACAAUGAGCAGGAGGGCACGGUCACCUUUAAUAUCGAUGGAAAGAGUGUGCGUCUGGGCAUCGAUGAUCCGCUGCCAGUUGUUGAUGAUGAGGAGUUUGCCGAGCUGGUCGAGCGUGGCUGCAUAUUAAAUGCGGAUGCGCCGCCGCUGGAGGAGAAUGCUAUAUGGGCGCAGGUGCAGGUGCCCGUGGCGAAUGUGCGGGAGAUCAAUGACUACCAUGUGCCUGAUGCGCCACCUCGUCCCUUGGCCUACUAUCGCUUCAUUGAGAAGUCGGCCGAGGAGCUGGAUGGCGAAAUCGAAUAUGAUGUGGAUGAGGAGGACUCCGCGUGGCUGGAGCAUAUGAAUGAGUUGCGCAGCAAGCAGAACCUCAAUCCGAUAAGCAUUGAUACCAUGGAGCUGCUCAUGGAUCGCCUCGAAAAGGAAUCUCACUUUCAGGCUGCCGCAAAUGGCACGCCCACCGGCGUCGAGGUGGAUGAUGAUGCGGUCUGUUGCAUUUGCCUGGAUGGCGAGUGCCAGAACACAAACGUGAUACUCUUCUGCGACAUGUGCAACCUGGCGGUGCAUCAGGACUGCUACGGUGUACCCUAUAUCCCAGAGGGCCAAUGGCUGUGCCGUCGCUGCCUGCAAUCGCCCAGCAAGGCCGUGAACUGUGUGCUCUGUCCAAAUGCUGGCGGCGCCUUCAAGCAAACGGAUCACGGCCAGUGGGCGCACGUCGUCUGUGCGCUGUGGAUACCAGAGGUCCGAUUUGCCAACACCGUGUUCCUCGAGCCAAUUGAUUCUAUUGAAACCAUACCGGCUGCCCGUUGGCGCCUCACCUGCUAUGUGUGCAAGGAGAAGGGUCUGGGCGCUUGCAUUCAGUGCCAUCGCAACAGCUGCUAUGCCGCCUUCCAUGUUACGUGUGCGCAACAGGCUGGCCUCUAUAUGACCAUGGACACCAUUAAGGAUGGACACAACGAUAGCUCGGUGCAUGUACAGAAGUUUGCCUACUGCCACGCCCAUACGCCUGCCGAUGCCAAGCUGAAGACAAACGUGCCGGAUUUCGAGGAUACGCGCAUGAAGAUGCGUGAGGCUCGCAAGGCGCUCGCAAAGAAACGCUCAUCGGCGCCGGUGGUGCUGAUACCCACAAUACCGCCGGAUCGUGUCCACGAGAUAGCGAGCAUGGUGCACAUGCAGAAGAAGAAGGAGUUCCUUGAUAGGAUCAUUGCAUACUGGACGCUGAAGCGUCACUAUCGCAACGGUGUUCCGCUGCUGCGACGGCUGCAGAGUCAGGGCAAUAAUCAUGGCGUCAUUCAGCGCAAUGGCAUCGAGGGAUCACCGGACACCAAGGAGCUGUAUCGUCAGCUCAAGUACUGGCAGUGUCUGCGUCAGGAUCUGGAGCGGGCGCGUCUGCUCUGCGAGCUGGUGCGCAAGCGUGAGAAGCUGAAGGUUGCAUUUGUGAAGAUCUCCGAGGAGGUUGUGAUGCUGCAGCUAAAUCCACUUGAGUCGGCACUGGGCAAGCUGUUGGAUGCGUUGGAGACACGCGACACCAUGGAGAUCUUUCGGGAGCCCGUGGACACCAGCGAGGUGCCCGACUACAUGGAUAUUGUUAAGCAGCCCAUGGAUUUGGGCACCAUGCGCACGAGGCUCAAGGAUUGCAAGUACUCCAGGUUGGAGCAACUGGAAGCAGACUUUGAUUUGAUGAUACAGAACUGUCUGGCGUACAAUAACAAGGAUACAGUGUUCUAUCGCGCUGGUAUACGGAUGCGUGACCAGGCGGCGCCGCUGUUUGUCCAGUUGCGCAAGGAACUGCAACGGGAUGGACUGCUAGAGCGCGGUCAGCGCACCCAUGUGGAUCAUGUGGAGGGUGAGGUGGAGCAGGAGCUGCGACAGCUGCUGGCAGCGCAGCCCGGCGAGGAUAUCGUACAAAAGCUGCUCAUUCUGGCCGACAAGUCGCAGGUGCUCAAGAAUCCCAGCUAUCGCACCAAGAAGAUCAAGCAAAUCCGCCUGGAAAUCAAUCGUAUGCGCAAAUCCCUGCGAAAGUCGCGCUUUACAACGCGAAACGCAACGCAUCCGCAAUCCCAAAGCGAUGAUGACAAUGAGCACACGGGAGUUACACCCUCCAAGAAACGGUCGCGUAAGCGUCUCAAUAGCAGCGCCAUGGAUCUGGACGAGUCACAGGAACUACCUGAUCACCAGCACAACGACGAUGAUGAGGACGAUGAGGAUGAAUCCGAUGAUGAUUCGAUGGUCGAGGAUGGCGCCAGCAAAGAUACCAGCCAUAUGGUCCAAACGCCGCCCUGCAGUCCUGUCAAGAGUCUUAACAAUAGCAGCUCACCCGUGGGCAUUAAUCGAAGGACUGCCAUUUUGUUGACGCGCAAGUCGCAGGCGGCGCUGAAGCGUCCAUCGGAGCCACUGACGACGCCUGUCAAGGAGGAGCACCACAAUUCCCAAUCAUCGAGUACACAGUCGACCAGCGCCAGCUCCAGCUCCACAACGACGGCAGCUACAGCCGCAUCAAGCACGCUGAAUGCAUCGCUUGCGGCGACUGCCACGCCCACAGCGGCCAGCAGCUUUGCGUUGACGCACAACAGCACAAGCGCACAGGCUGGGGUGGAGCGGCCGGCAGCCGCUAGUCUAACCUCCAUUGGUAACAAGCUGGGCUUAGGCAUGGGCGCGAGCCUGGCGCUGUCCAAGUCGCCCAAGCGACCGGCGCGUUAUCGCCGCCUGCCUUCGAUGUCACCAAAGAAGUCACCCAAUCCAGUGGCGGCGGCAUCAGUGACGACAACAGCGACGACGACAACGGCGACAACUGGGGGUUUGGCAGCCUUGGCGCCGGCGGAACCGUUACCCUUUGAGCGUAUCCCCGACAGCUUUCGCGUGUACAGGGCGAACACACAGCGAGAUGCUAGCGACAGCGAUGAUGCACCCUCGCAGUCGAGCAGUCCGUGCAGCAGCUGCUCGGACUUCAGCAUGUCCGGCAGCUGUUCGGACUUUGACAGCGACGAGGCUAGCGAUGGGGAUGCGCACAGCGAGGAGGGUGAUUCGGAUAGCGGAAAGGCGAAUGCGAUGCGUGACGAUUCGCAGGAGGAUUGCACCACGGAUGCCAUGGAUAUGCAGCAUGCAAGCCUCAACAAUGCGCAGGGCAAUGGCAACAUGGCCAUCAGCAGUACUGACAGCAGCUCCGGCGACAGCGACGAAGACGAUGAUGAUGAUGAUGACGAUGACGAUGAGGAUGAGGAGGAGGACGAAAGGGAAGCGAGUGGCAAACAACGCGUGACACGCAGCACACCCACACCGCUGCAGGGUAGAGGCGGCGCAAUGGCCGCUAUCCGUGGCAGAGGCAAACGGCGCAGCAAUCUUAGUGAGUCCACCAGCUCGACAGCAACGCCGCCGCCACUGCUGCUGCGCAAGGCGGGCAAACUGCGCUCGGCGACGCCGAAUGCAUCGCCGCUUGUAAAUAGCAUAAAGUCGCGUCGGAGCACCACCACGGCGACGAGUAACAACAGCUUAACAACCAACAACAAUCGGAGCAAGCUGCACCACGAGCUCGAGGAGGCGGGAACACUGGCCAGCGAAGCGGUCCAUAAGCGGCACAGCAAUAGCCUGCAGAGGGCAUCGCUCGAGCCGCUGCAGCUGGUGUGGGCCAAGUGUCGCGGCUAUCCCUGGUACCCGGCGCUCAUCUUGGAUCCCAAGACGCCAAAGGGUUUCGUGUAUAAUGGUGUGCCGCUGCCGGCGCCGCCAACGGAUGUGCUGGCGCUGCGCAAGAACUGUAUGGAUGCUGUCGUCUUUCUGGUGCUCUUCUUUGAUGUGAAGCGCACGUGGCAGUGGCUGCCCGCCAAUAAGCUGGAUUUACUGGGCAUUGACAAGCAGCUGGAUCAGCAGAAGCUCGUCGAGUCUCGCAAACCGGCGGAGCGAAAGGCCGUGAAGAAGGCGUAUCAGGAUGCGUUGCACUACCAGAGCCAGGUAUCCGAUCUAGAGGGUCAGGGCCCUGAUCCCAUCAUGUGAAAGCUGUUUGCCCAAUUGCAUUUAAAUCAAUGUUAAAUGCAUUCCCUGCCCCCUAGUCUCGCCUUGUAGUUGUCCAUCUAUGUUUCGGUUUGAUCCACUUUGGACUAGUUCAUGUUUAACUUAUUCAGAUGCGCUCUCGAAAUAGUCGUUAGUUAGGCACUGGGAGCUGUAUUGUGUUACUGAGAAGGCCCUCCAUUAGUAUAUUUCGUUUACUAGCCUAAACUUUUCUCGCGCUUUCCCUCUGAACUUUUCCAUUUCCAAUUUUACACUGCAAGUGUUGCUAAGGAUUGUUUUAUGAUUUUUUUUUUUUGUUUGUAUAAAACGAAAGAUAGUCAGAUGACCAUUUUUAAUUAAUUUACUGUGUAU